AUGUCCGUCGUGUCACUACUCGGGGUGAAAAACCUCAACAACCCGGCUCCUUUCACCGCCCCUUACCAAUUCGAAAUCACGUUCGAGUGCCUUGAGCAGCUUCAGAAGGAUUUGGAAUGGAAACUCACCUACGUCGGAUCCGCCACUUCCUCCGAGUAUGACCAAGAACUCGAUUCCCUCCUCGUCGGACCCAUCCCGGUCGGGGUGAAUAAGUUCAUCUUCGAGGCAGAUGCACCUGAUGUCAAGCGCAUUCCUACUUCAGAGAUGCUUGGCGUCACCGUCAUCCUGCUCACAUGCAGCUAUGACGGCCGAGAGUUCGUCCGGGUUGGCUACUACGUGAACAACGAGUACGACAGCGAGGAGCUGGCAGCCGAGCCCCCCCGCGAAGCCCGUUAUCGAGCGGACUCUGAUGACUCUGCCCCUGCAGAGUACCCGCCUGACCAGCCCGAGGCCGAUGGUCUCGACGAUGAUAGUGCGGCCUACGGUGCCGAGGAGCGCGAGCUCGAGGCUGCGCUCCUCAAGGAGCUCGAGGAAUCCAACAAGCCCGCCCAAGGCGAUGACCACGAGAUGGAAGGCGCCGAUGCCCCUGCUGGCAAGGAGGAUGAGGAAGAAGAGAUCUCCGAUGCCGAGAGUGAAGAUCUCGAGGCGGAGAGUGACGACGAUGAGGAUGACCUUGAUGAGGAAGAGGGCGGCGAUGGUGACGACGAUGUCGAGAUGGGCGACGACACAGAACCCAAGGAUGAUGCUGCCAAGCCAACUCACCAGCCUCAGCCCGAGCUCAUGGUACACUAA